UCGCCGGGGGAGCAUGAGCUGUGCCCAGGCCGGCAUUGUCCAGAAUCUUUACCAAAACAGGUUCCUGGGCCUGGCAGCCAUGGCAUCUCCAUCUAGGAACUCACAAAAUCGGCGCCGGUGCAAAGAGCCUCUCAGAUACAGCUAUAACCCUGACCAGUUCCAUAACAUGGACAUCAGGAGCAGUUCCCAUGAGACGGUCACAAUUCCUAGGUCUACCAGUGACACAGACCUUGUCACUUCAGACAGCCGGUCCACCCUGAUGGUCAGCAGCUCCUACUACUCUAUUGGGCAUUCACAGGACCUAGUGAUAUACUGGGAUAUUAAGGAGGAAGUGGAUGCAGGGGACUGGAUUGGCAUGUAUCUCAUAGAUGAGGUCUUGUCAGAAAACUUUUUGGACUACAAGAACCGUGGCGUCAAUGGCUCUCACCGUGGUCAAAUUAUUUGGAAGAUUGAUGCCAGCUCUUACUUUGUGGAGCCUGAAACAAAGAUCUGCUUCAAGUACUACCAUGGCGUGAGUGGGGCGCUACGAGCCACGACUCCAAGUGUGACAGUGAAAAACAACGCAGCUCCUAUUUUUAAAAGUGUCACCAAUGAAGACUCAGUCCAGGGACAAGGAAGCCGGCGGCUGAUAAGUUUUUCAUUGUCAGAUUUCCAGGCUUUUGGUCUGAAGAAAGGGAUGUUCUUCAAUCCGGAUCCUUAUCUGAAGAUUUCCAUUCAGCCUGGAAAACAUAGCAUCUUCCCAGCCCUUCCUCAUCAUGGACAGGAGAAAAGAUCUAAGAUCAUGUGUAACACUGUUAACCCCAUCUGGCAAGGAGAGCAAUUCAGCUUUGUCUCCCUGCCCACGGAUGUCCUGGAAAUAGAAGUUAAAGACAAAUUUGCAAAGAGCCGACCAAUUAUCAAACGUUUUCUGGGAAAACUCUCUAUGCCGGUUCAGCGCCUCUUGGAAAGACAUGCCAUAGGGGACAGGGUUGUAAGCUACACUCUGGGUCGCAGACUUCCUACAGAUCAUGUCAGUGGCCAGCUGCAGUUCCGAUUUGAGAUCACUUCUUCCAUCCAUCCAGAUGAUGAAGAGGUCUCCAUUAGUGCAGAUCCUGAGCCAGCUGACCUCCUGGAAAGCCCUGUGAACAACCCCACAGAGGAAAGCCUCGGUGAGCCUCCAUGCAUCAACACAGUGACCUCAGAAAGUGCAGCUCCAGAACAGCUAAAUGGAUACAGUGUGAACAGUGUCGAUAGCCCAGGGGCUGCCAAACCACCUGGGGAAGUCAACCAGAACAGCUUAAAUGAAGAGCUAGCAGGAGAUGGGGAGGUUGAUGCGGUGCCAGUUCCUGAGCCCUUGGAAUCCAUCCCAGGAGAAGCGCUGCCUUCUUUGAGUGCUGCGGACCUCACGGAGCAGUCGGAUCUGAUGGCUUGCAUGUCUCCUCCUGAGCCCGAAGUUAGGGAAAAUAACAAAGUCAAUUCCGGUAUUCAGGGAGAUGGUGGAGUCUUGACCAGCAUAGAAACAGGAGAUAUUGAUGAGGUGAGUGCAGAUGUGCAUGCUGGCAAAGACCUAAAGAAGAGUCAGGAAGAAGAAGAAGAAGAAGGGGCUUCAGCCCAGGAGGAGGAAGACAACAAGCUACAACUGAGGACCACAGCAAAGAGGAAAAACAGGCCGUGCUCCCUGCCUGUGUCUGAACUUGAGACAGUCAUAGCUUCGGCUUGCGGUGAGCCAGAGACCCCUCGCACACACUACAUACGGAUACACAACCUGCUCCACAGCCUGCCCUCAGCACAGAUGAGCAGCGAUGGGGAAGAAGAGCAAGAUGGUGGUAAUGGCAGGGAAAACGAUGAGGAGUCUACUGUCAAGGAGGUGCUGAAUAAGGAAGUGGUCAGUGAGAGUGAGACCGUGGCAGCAGAGCCUCCUCUGGAAAACGAGGCUGAAGAGAACUUCAGCCAGAGUACAGUGCCUCCUGGGACCUUGGAUGAGCAACUCUCUGACUUGAAUGAUGGGCUGUUGAAUGGGGAACCCCCCAGGACAGGAAGUGAGAGCGAGUCGAGCUCCAGGCCCAAUGGUGACAACGAAUGUGAUUGUCCUUUACUCCAUAAUUCUCAGCCAGUCAGCCAGCUUCCUUCUCUGAGGCCUGACCAUCAUCACUACCCAACUAUCGAUGAGCCUCUUCCACCAAAUUGGGAAGCUCGGAUAGACAGCCACGGGAGAGUGUUCUAUGUGGAUCAUGUCAACCGCACCACCACGUGGCAGCGGCCCACAGCCGCAGCAACGCCGGACGGGAUCCACAGGUCUGGCUCCAUCCAGCAAAUGGAGCAGCUGAACCGCAGGUACCAAAACAUCCAGAGAACCAUCGCAACAGAGAGGACUGAAGAUGAUGCUGUGGUAAACAACAGGGUGGAGAGAGUUCCCACUGGAGGAGGAAGUGACUCUGAGGCAGAGCCUUCCCAGCCAAGCCCAGAGAUUAGGAGGGAAGGUUCCCUUUCUCCUGUGAAUUCUCAAAAAAUUACCUUGUUGCUGCAGUCUCCAGCUGUGAAGUUCAUCACCAAUCCUGAGUUCUUCACUGUGCUGCAUGCAAACUAUAGUGCCUAUCGAGUCUUCACCAACAGUACCUGCUUGAAGCAUAUGAUUCUGAAGAUUCGUAGAGAUGCUCGUAAUUUUGAGCGGUAUCAGCACAACAGAGACCUGGUAAAUUUUAUCAACAUGUUUGCUGAUACCCGGCUGGAGCUUCCUCGUGGCUGGGAGAUAAAAACUGACCAGCAGGGCAAGUCUUUCUUCGUUGACCACAAUAGCCGUGCUACCACCUUCAUAGAUCCCAGGAUCCCACUGCAGAAUGGGCGUCUCCCAAAUCACCUGACUCACCGGCAGCAUCUGCAGCGACUUCGUAGCUACAGCGCUGGAGAGGCCUCUGAAGUCUCUCGAAACAGAGGAGUUACUCUGUUGGCCAGACCAGGCAAUAGUCUUGUAACAGCUAUUCGAAACCAGCACCAUCACGAGGCAUUACCUCUGGCUUACAAUGACAAGAUUGUUGCAUUUCUACGCCAACCCAACAUUUUUGAGAUGCUGCAGGAGCGUCAGCCCAGCUUGGCCAGAAACCAUGCACUCAGGGAGAAGAUCCAUUACAUUCGGACAGAGGGUACACAUGGGCUUGAAAAAUUGUCGUGUGAUGCAGAUUUAGUAAUUCUGCUGAGCCUUUUUGAAGAGGAUAUCAUGUCCUACAUACCAUUGCAGGCUGCCUUCCAUCCAGGUUACAGUUUUUCUCCUCGCUGCUCACCCUGUUCAUCACCCCAAAACUCUCCAGGGCUGCAGCGAGCAAGCGCAAGAGCACCUUCUCCCUACAGGAGGGACUUUGAAGCCAAGCUGCGCAAUUUCUAUCGAAAACUUGAAGCCAAAGGAUAUGGGCAAGGUCCAGGGAAAAUUAAGUUAAUUAUACGGCGUGACCACUUGCUGGAAGGCACCUUCAACCAGGUAAUGGCGUAUUCACGCAAGGAGCUCCAGCGCAACAAACUCUACGUCACGUUUGUCGGCGAGGAAGGGUUGGACUACAGUGGCCCUUCCCGAGAAUUCUUUUUCCUUCUGUCUCAGGAGCUCUUCAAUCCCUAUUAUGGGCUGUUUGAGUAUUCAGCCAACGACACUUACACUGUACAGAUCAGCCCCAUGUCUGCCUUUGUUGAAAAUCACCUGGAAUGGUUCAGGUUCAGCGGUCGUAUUCUUGGCCUUGCUCUCAUUCAUCAGUACCUUCUUGAUGCUUUCUUCACAAGGCCAUUCUACAAAGCACUACUAAGGCUGCCGUGUGAUUUAAGUGACUUAGAGUACCUGGAUGAAGAGUUCCAUCAGAGCUUGCAGUGGAUGAAGGAUAACAAUAUCACAGAUAUCCUGGAUCUAACCUUCACAGUGAACGAGGAGGUGUUUGGACAGGUGACAGAGAGAGAGUUGAAAUCUGGAGGGGCAAAUACAGCAGUGACAGAAAAGAACAAAAAGGAGUACAUCGAGAGAAUGGUUAAGUGGCGAGUGGAACGAGGAGUGGUUCAGCAAACAGAGGCCCUGGUCCGUGGCUUCUACGAAGUUGUAGACUCCAGGCUCGUCUCUGUUUUUGAUGCCAGAGAACUGGAGCUGGUUAUAGCUGGCACUGCAGAAAUAGAUCUCAAUGACUGGCGGAACAACACAGAAUAUCGUGGAGGCUACCAUGAUGGACACAUAGUGAUACGGUGGUUCUGGGCAGCCGUGGAGAGGUUUAACAACGAGCAGAGGCUGCGAUUGUUGCAGUUCGUCACGGGAACGUCGAGUGUGCCGUACGAGGGCUUUGCCGCUCUCCGAGGGAGCAAUGGCCUGCGGCGCUUCUGUAUAGAGAAAUGGGGGAAAAUAACCUCCCUCCCAAGGGCACACACAUGUUUCAACCGUUUGGAUCUUCCACCUUACCCCUCAUAUUCUAUGCUGUAUGAAAAGCUGCUGACAGCUGUUGAAGAAACUAGCACCUUUGGACUUGAAUGAGGGGGUUCAGGCACUUCUGGUGUUUUUAUGGCUGAUGAUGUCACCUUUCCUGUCCACCAUCACUUGAUCUCGGUUUUCCAUGUUUUUAUUUUUGAAAACAAAACAAAAAUCAAGAUUAACAAAAGCUGUGCAUGAAGAACUGCCACCCUCUACAAUCUAACCUUCAUGCUUUCAUCCUCUAUUUCCAAUGGACUGCUAGUCUGUAUGCAAUAGAAAAACAACUGUCUCAAGGUUUCUGUAUAUCUCUACAUACCUCCAUUAAUAACAAUGAAAAUACAAAUGCAAGUUACACUACACUUGACCAAAUGUUAAUAAAUGUUUACUUCCACCUACGUUGAUCAAAAAAUAAAAAAAAAACCUCAUCAAGCA